AUGGCUCCUGUUCAUAAAGUAGCUCUCAUACAGCUGCAUCCUAAGCCCCUCGUCCCGGCAGAGAACUUUGCCAAGGCUGAGUCGUUCAUCAAAUAUGCUGCUAAGGAAGGAUGCAGUUUAGCUGUUCUACCCGAAUACCACCUUACCUCCUGGGUUCCGGAUGAGCCAAAUUUUAAGGAUUCAUGUGCAGACUCGGCAUCGUACUUGAAAAAGUAUCGGCGGCUGGCCAAAGAGCUGAGUAUCUGCAUCGUGCCUGGUACGAUCGUUGAGUUGGAAGGCGACUCUUUAUAUAAUAUUGCAUACUUCAUAUCUUCAAAUGGAGAGAUACUCGGGCGAUACCAGAAGAAGAAUCUGUGGCAUCCGGAACGCCGUCAUCUAGUGUCGUCAGCUAAGCAGCCGCAUGAGGCGUUCGACACGCCGUUAGGACGUGUGGGGUUGUUGAUUUGCUGGGAUAUCGCGUUCCCAGAGGCGUUCCGGGAGCUAAUCUCAGAUGGUGCGCAAAUUAUCUGCGUGCCUACGUUUUGGAGUAUGAAAGACGUAUCAGAUGAGGGAUAUGCCCUCAAUCCUGAUGGUGAGGCGCUAUUCUUGAACAGCACUGUUGUCAGUCGGGCAUUUGAGAACACUUGUGCGGUCGUGUUUGUGAAUGCGGGGGGACCGCCGGAAAAGGGGGAGAAGACUAGCUUCGCGGGGUUGAGUCAAGUCAGUGUUCCCCAUAUUGGUUCUCUUGGGAAGAUGGGCCGGUCCGAAGGGAUGUCAAUUGUAGAUCUGGAUAUGAAUAUUCUGAAGAUUGCAGAAGACAAUUACAAAGUAAGAGAGGAUAUGAAGGGGGAAGGUUGGCAUUAUGCGUAUACGCAAAUUAGGGACGGGAGCAAACUGUAA